GAGUAGUCAUCAAGACGUACUUACAACCAAUACAGCCCACCCUUAUCUCACAAUGUACAACUCGGGCAACAGAAGUUCCACGGGAAGCCAACCACGCAGACACACCGAUACAUUCCCACGAGCCAAGACAGCACCACGGAAACGAACAUUUUCACCGAUGUCUUCCGAGGCGAGCAGUCUCGUCUCCUCACCCAGGUCAACUACAAACCCCCCAAACCAAGACAGUUUGCGGCGGGGAAGGGGUUACCAUUCCUUGGGGUCCGGCACCAAAGCUUUACGACCAAACAAGGAACAAGACAAUAAAGGAGGAUACGGGGUGGCCAUCAGUAUCAAGGGAAUCAAAGGCCACCCAUUUGUAAUACUUGAAGACAACGAUAAACAUCGUCACAUGGUUCCUGCACCUUCUGGAGAUGCUGAUAGCUUAAGUAGUGCUGAAGCUCCAACCCAUACCAACCACCCCACUCAUGCUGGUUCCACACCUCAUGUAAACGGACACGUUUCCGAACCUGAAGACAUCACCCCUAAAGCCCCCCCACGUAGAUAUGGGACGCUCCACAAGGAUUUCAAACCAAAACAACCAAAACUUUCGAACCAACCAAAACAAUACGAACCAGAUGUUACGAGAAAUAUGGCGGCACUUGCAAGGGAGCAACUCGUUAAGCCAUCAGAAAUACGCGCUGCUCAAAAGUCGCCGUCGAACCUGCACACGAGGUCACCAAGGUCACGUAACGCCCACGAAAGGUCACGAACUUUACCCCCUGACAAAUCGUCGGCUAACCGCUCACGCAGUCUUUCACCUAACCGAGCGCUUGCUAAUAAUAAGAUGGCAAGAUCGCGAAGUGUUUCCCCUCCUCGUAAAACUCGAGGUCGACGUAUUGACGACAAUAACAUGCAGCCGGUGUCGAGUCUCAUCGGCUUCUUUGAAACUACUGACCAAGAAUCUAAACAACACCCUGCUCCCUCUGCCAAAGUCCCUCUAAUGGAGAAAAACAAAACACAGCCGACAAAAUCAAAGACACGCCCAAGAAGCACGAACGUCCCUGGAUUGAGCCGUCCACGCAUCGACAGUCGCGAGAUUGACGUGACACCCGACGUGAUGCGGACCAAUGUUAACGUAACCACGGCAACAGUCCCCGCUAAACAUGGAGCGACACCUAUGGGGAGGUAGGGGGGGGGGUGUUUGUGCU